CGAUCCACCAUCUUUGUUUCCAGAACAAGCGGUCGAGUAGAGUUCGCCAUUUUGAAAGACAGUACAGUUCGUGCGUUGUACACAAAGUACAGAUCAUAAAACUAAAUAUUCGUUUUCUGGGAUACAUCAAUCGUUAGUUAAGAUGCGGCAGUCAAAGCGAAUGCGUUCUCCUGGUGUUUGGCUCAAGGAGUUCAGCUGGGAGGUGACUGUAGGGAACCGAAAGCGGCAGAAGCGAGAUUCUCACAGUAGUGAACGGGAGAACAAAUCUCGAAAGCGUCACCUGCACCACAAAGCAUAUGAGGGGCGUUACCUGGAGACCCAGAGCCUCAACCACCAAAGGCUAGAGUCUAAGGACAGGAGGCCCAGAGAAGCCAGUCUGGAGAUGGGCCAUGAUGAGGACUGCCGGGGCGCCGCCUCCAGAGACAGAGACCGGGACGAGGAGUGGCACCACUACAGCAAGUCGUCCGGGCGGAGCGGCAAAAGCGGUCGCAGCCGACGCAGUAGCCUCCGAGGGCGGAGACCGAGCGCUUCUCGUCAGCGUUCCUCGUACUCGAGGAGCCGUCAUCGCAGGAGCAGGAAAAGAUCCAGGAGUGUUGAGGAUGAUGACGAGGGCCACCUGAUCUAUCACAGGGGAGACAUGCUGAGAGACAGAUAUGAGAUAGUGUCCUCUCUAGGAGAAGGAGCUUUUGGGAAAGUCGUGGAAUGCAUCGAUCACACAAAUGACACUCGCGUAGCACUGAAGAUAAUUAAAAACAUUGAUCGCUACCGCGAGGCGGCCAUGGCUGAGGUGGAGGUCCUGGAGCAGAUGAACUCCCUGGACUUUGACCGCAAAUAUGCGUGUGUGAGGAUGCUGGAUUGGUUUGACCAUCAUGGUCACGUCUGUAUCUCGUUCGAGUUGUUGGGGCUCAGCACCUAUGAUUUCCUGAAGGAGAACAGCUUCCAGCCGUUCCCAAUAGAACACAUCAGAAUCAUGGCCUACCAGAUCAUCAAAGCUGUACGAUUCAUGCAUAAGAACAAGCUGACCCACACUGACCUGAAGCCAGAGAACAUCCUGUUCGUGGACUCUGAAUAUGACAUUGAGUACAACUGCAAAAUGAAGCGUGACGAGAGGACCCUGAAGAAACCGGAUGUGAAGGUGGUUGACUUUGGCAAUUCCACAUACGAGCAUGACCACCACACUUCGGUGGUGUCCACUCGGCACUACCGCGCUCCAGAGGUCAUUCUGGAUCUGGGCUGGGGCCAUGCCUGUGAUGUGUGGAGUCUGGGCUGUAUUCUCAUAGAGUACUAUCUGGGAUCAACACUCUUCCAGACCCAUGACAGUAAAGAGCACCUGGCAAUGAUGGAGAGGGUCCUGGGUCCCAUACCUGUACACCUCCUGCAGAAAACCAGGAAGAGGCGGUACGUCCAUCGCUACAAGCUGGACUGGGAUGAACACAGCUCUUCUGGGAGAUACGUGAAAAAACACUGCAAACCACUCAAGCAAUAUAUGGUGGCUCAGAGCGAAGACCACGAGCAGCUGUUUGACCUGAUCCAAAAGAUGCUGGAGUAUGACCCGGCUAAACGCCUCUCCCUGGACCAGGCUCUCAGACACCCGUUCUUCAACUGCUUACGCAAGGCCAAAAGGAGCUGACUGAUCUCCCCGGGCUGAACCUGCAUGUCACCGUGACCACCGUUGCUUGGAGAAAACCAAUGACCAUCACCAUGACAACGAUGAUUGACGAUCACUGUGGCUCGGACUCUCCGAGAGAGAUUGUGUACCUCUGACUGUAUCAGUCUGCCCACGUGGCUUUAUAGUCCAUUGCUGUAAUGUUAGUUGUUAAUUUAUUUAGUGUCAAAGUAGCUACCUUGUCUAUUUUGAUGGAUACGAUGCUUUAUAAUGACUGUAAUGUAUUUUCUUUUUUGUUCAAGUCCCUUUUCAGUAUGACUGGGUUUGUAACUUUUGGAAUAUUGAUCUGUGUAAAAUUCUCAAUAAAAGAUGUCUAAUCUA